CCAGAAAAUGCAACAGCGGGCAGUGUAACAACUUUCAAUUCAAACAUCGUGGUAUCUCAUGGGAAAGCCGGCUCCGCGAAGUCAAAGUGGGAAUUAGGGUUUGAGUACUUACCUUACCUGUCAAUCCUUGCCAUUCCUGCAUUUCUUUGGGCUGUGACUUCCAAGCUCCGAAAGAGGAGUGGAGUGAAUAAAACCUCAGCAAACGAGAAUGAAACAGUACUGCAAUACCAGCGAGUAGAAACUGAAACAGUGCCAAUGGUUCCAGUUCCGUCCUGGGAGUUUCCGAAGGAAAACUUGGCGAUUGAAAGAGUAGUUGGUCACGGUGCGUUUGGAGUAGUCUCUAAAGGCUACGCUCGAUAUCUGCAGGGCUACACAGAAUGGACAGUUGUGGCAGUAAAAAGCUUGCAGGAAGGUGCGACGGAAAGUGAAAGAAGAGAUCUGUUGUCUGAAUUAAACCUCCUAAAGAAACUAGAACCUCAUCCACAUGUAAUAACACUUUUGGGUUGCAUCACAGAGGAAAAAGAAAACCCAUAUGUAAUCAUUGAGUAUGUACCUUACGGAGAUCUUCUCGGUUACCUUCGGAGAAGUCGUGGGUGGCACGACUGUUACUACGAAUAUCCCGAGAUAAAACCAGCGACGUACCUGACCUCCGAGCAGAUCCUGACAUUCGCCUGGCAGAUAGCUGACGGCAUGCAAUAUAUCUCAUCUAAAAGGAUCAUCCAUCGAGACCUAGCAGCAAGGAAUGUAUUGGUUGGUGAAAACCUCAGAUGCAAGAUUACAGAUUUUGGGAUGGCUCGCGAUAUUGAUUUGCAAGAUAUUUAUAUACCUCGUAAUCAGGGUCGAAUUCCUGUUAAAUGGACAGCAAUUGAAGCAAUGACUGGAAGGAUGGAAUACUCAACGAAAAGUGAUGUGUGGAGUUUUGGAAUCGUUUUAUACGAGAUUUGCACCAUUGGCGCUGAACCUUAUCCCGGAAUAAGUCCAUAUAAGAUUCCAAGAGUAUUACAAAAGGGGUACAGAAUUCCUAAACCUGAUUAUUUUAAGGAUGAGUUGUAUAAUAUCAUGCUGAAUUGUUGGGAAACGGAUCCUGAAAUAAGACCGUCAUUUGAGUUUUUAUGCUCCUCCAUCAGGGGAUUACAAAAGUCUAAUCAGGUUAGAAUUCUUGUGACAAAUGUUACUCGUAUUGCAGAUCCUCUUAAGUAUUUAUCUUGUAAAUCAGUGCUCAGGAUUAUGAUCGUGCGAGUGAUGGACGAAUG